AUGAAAAUAGAAAAUCAACAAAAUAAUAAUACCACAAUGACACAAAAUGAUAAAACAUAUGAUCAAUACUUGAAUUCAACAUUAACACCAACAAAUAGUACAGCAAAUUUGAAUGGUACUAAAAGAUGUGUAUUAUCAACAAAACUAUCAAGACAAAAUUCACUAGCCAAUCGAAAUAAUUAUCGUUUACAUUCAAGACAAAGUUUAAAUACGUCAAAUGAUUUUCUAAUACAUCAUACAUCAUACAGAGGGAUACCAGUGGUAAUAAGGGCAAUUACUAAAUUUUUUCAGGCAACAAAAAUUAUGGAAGAUGAGAUUAUGAUACCCUCAAAAUUGAGAGAUACACCGGUAGAAGAAAACCUGUUAGAUAGCAGUAUUCAACCAAAUAAUUGGCAUGAAGUAUUUAAAUUCGUCCAAGACAUUCGCAAUCAAUUACAAUGUAGUAGACCAUUUUCAGAUAAUAAUCAUCAAGAUAAUAAUAUUAUUCAUAAUGAUAAUUAUGUUCCACCAUCUUUAAUAUCUGAUAAUGAAAAUGGAUAUUUAACUAAUUUUUCAUCAGCAUCAUCGACAACAUCAGAAAUAUCGUUUGAAGGUGAUAAUAAUUAUGCAAUGAUUAAUACAUCAUCAUUUGAAGCAAUUACAGAGGAAUUAAAAUAUCAUUAUUAUUCUUUAAUUGAUACAUUAGAUAUUCUAACAUUUCUAGCCAAUCGUGUAACAGAAAAAUAUCGUGAAGAUGGAACAUUCAAAUGA